AUGGAAUCUCCUAGCGCAGCCUGGACCGCCAAAAUGGACCGUAUCACCGUCCUGGAACAAGACCGGUCGCUACUUAAUCUAAUGACCAUCAUCCGGGACGUGAAUACCAAUGAUCGGGAUUUCUCCGCCGCUGUGGAGAAGGUUGUGCGCCGGUUGAUUACGUCCGCAUUGGGCCACGUCCCCGCUGAAGAAUACACUGUUACUACACCCAUCAACAAGCCCUACACCGGAAUCCGGUUCACGAAGGGUGUCUGCGGUGUCAGUAUCCUCCGUGCUGGAGCUUGCAUGGAGCAGGCGCUGCGGGAUACUUGGACUGGACCGCUUAGUUUCGGUAAGCUGCUCAUCCAGCGCGAUGAGGAAACGAGCAUCGCCAAGAUUUAUUACUCGAAGCUGCCGGCGGGAAUUACGGAUGAUAUCGUCCUGCUCCUGGAACCCAUGCUCGCGACCGGCGGAUCUGUGAUCAAGGCUGUGGAGAACCUGACGAGCAAUGGCGUUCCUGAGGAAUCUAUUGUGCUUGUUAAUGUGGUGUCGUCGCAGAAGGGACUAGAUGUUAUCUCUGGAAAGUUUCCGGGUCUGAAGGUUGUUGCUGCGGCGGUUGAUGCGGAGUUGACUGCUCAGAACUACAUUAGCCCUGGUCUGGGAGACUUCGGUGACAGGUACUAUGGAACGACUCAUUAG